AUGAAAGUAUAAAGUCGAUGUUAUAGUUAAGACUAAACCCUCAGAGUGACACACUCUGAAAAAUGAAGAUUGUCGAUCAGUUUGAUAGUUCUUCUUCACUUCAUCCCAGGUGUGGUUCAGGCCACACAGAAUUGCAGCUUCAUAGUGAUGGAAGGGUCCAACAUCACCCUGAACACAAACAUAACAAAUUCAGACAACAAAUCGAUCUCAUGGCUAUAUGACGGAAAAUUGAUUGCUACAAACAGCAAUGGCACAGUUUAUCUGGCUGAAAGAAGCAGGUUUUAUGGGAGAAUAAGACCACACAAACAUAGUGGGUCCAUCACCAUCGUGAAUAUGAAGACCAAUGACUCUGGGGUCUUCUCUCUCCAGAUCUUACCUGAUGGUUCUUACAGAUAUUUCAACAUAACAGUCCAUGGUAAGAACUCAACUGACGACUUUGCGAAGAGGGGGGUAAAGGUGGGUGAGACCACCACUCUGGAGACUUAUACUAACCUGUGUGAUGAGUCACAUUGUCAGGAUUAUAAUAUUCUGUGGACGUACAGUCCCAAUAUUCUACAAAUCUUUACUCCGAUUGCAAGCUGGAAAAACAACAUCAGCAAAACGGACUACAAUGAUCUCUUCAAAGAUACACUGCAGGUGGACCUGGGCACUGGCUCUCUGACUCUGAGAAACAUCAAACAUAAUCAGAGUGGCUAUUACCAUGUGGAGGUGUUAAAGACCAGGCAGCCAGAAAACAACAGUCUCUAUGACGUCAUUGUUUAUGAUGAAGUGUCUCGCCCAUCCAUCCACUCCUUCCUGAGUCUGUCUGCUGACAGAGACACCUGUACUGUGGAGUGUUCUAUGGUGAACGGGAGAGAUGUGACCCUGUCCUGGUACAGAGGAAAGGAGAAACUCAACCAGACCAGCAGUCCUGAUCUCUCCAGGGUCCUGUCUCUCCCUCUGGAGAUAAAGAACCAGGAUGGAGACACCUACAGCUGUGUGGCUGAAAACCCUGUCAGCAACAAGACGUCCAACCUCAACAAGACAGAACUGUGUCCAGAUCCUCCCAGCCAAAACAUUACGAUGAUUGUUGUCGGUGCUGUGAUAAGUUCCCUAUUCUGUUUGAUCUGUGUGAUUUUGGGGAUCUAUGUGUUAUGCAAAAAGUUGGCUGCACGGAGGAUCUGAACUGAACUCUAUGAGUCAACUGCGUCAUCCUGAAACAAACCCUUCAUUGGGACGCUGCUAUGGCAGCACCGAUGACAUCAGCACUGACAACACUGACAACAGGGAAUCAGAAACAUAGAAGACAGACUAGAUCGUUUUGUUUUUGAUCAGUGUGGCUUUUAUCAUCCAAUUGCUUUUGAUUAAGUAAAAUAUUUUUUGUCAAUACAUCAGACGUGUACAACGUUUUUAAGACAUUCAUGAAACUGACUUACAAUUCUAAAUAUGAGUUUCUGGUACAAUUUAUUGCUAAUCUAAUAUUUUGUUAACUUGUCAACAAGAACACAAAAGGGUCAUUGAAAGGUGGGUGCAAACAUUUUUCUCUGAACAGGUGCAUUCAAUUGUAAUGUUUACUUGUAUCCAUUUUGUUUCUUGAAUAACGACUUUCGAGUUUCCUAAGGUUGUUUUGUGAGUUGUUAUUUUUCCACUGACAGUACAUCUCUCCCACAGCAGAGAGAUUCCUAUUCAGCUUCCAGACGUCAGUGUUUUCCUGUAGUGUUGCUCUCAGUCGUGUCUGUGUGUGAUUUUAAUAAACAUGUGAUGG